CUCUCUCUCUCUCCUUAUUCUCUCUCUCUCUCCUUAUUCCUCUCAUUACCUUUCUGACUCUCUCUCUCACCAAGCCAGACUUUAUCUCACUCUUUCAGAACUUUUCUCACUCCGUCUCUCUCCCCCUCACGCUCUCUCCCUCACGCUCUGUCUUUUUAAAUGACUGUAUGAGAGAGGGGGUGGUAUUUGAAGGCUCUCUGAGAUGCAGGAGCUCCCCAAAGCAGGGGAGUGAGAGGAACUGACCAGUACGCUGUCCACUCCGCCAGAAUUCCAGAAAGAGAGGUCAACUCUCUGGAAGUCUGAAGAGACGAAGAGAAGCUUGACCACUAAGCCAAAAUAACAGGGAUGUCCACUGACUGAAGGGGAACCAACGAAACCUGUAAAAGGCUCCAAGAAGGUACAGAGAGAAGUUGAUCACUAAAUAUCAAAAUACAGGCACAAUCAGCAAGACAAGGAGAAGAAGAAGGAGUAAGACUGAUCGCAACUACAGACCCUUUCUAAUAGACCACCACUACUGGAACUUUGCUUUGCCUUUUUGAUGGUGUGGUUGCCAUGGCAACUUUGAGACUUUCAAUGACUCUUUGGCUCUCCCUGGUGUUCUGGACACUGCUAUGGUCCAGGAUGGCCACCAGCCUGCCCUCUCAGGCCCAGCAGCCUAAGCCUCCGCAAGCCCGGCGACUGUCCAGCCAGAUCCAGGAGAGCGCAGAGAGUAAAGUGGAACGUUUGGGUCAGACUUUCCGCCGCAAUAUCCGGCUGCUGCGCGAGCGUGGCGGACGCCUGGACCUGAUAUUUCUGCUAGACGAGUCGUCCAGCGUGGGGGCUGCCAACUUUGGCAGCGAGCUGCACUUUGUUCGCAAGCUUCUGUCUGACUUCCCUGUGGCGCCGGAGGCCACACGCGUUGCCCUGGUGACUUUCAGCUCCAAGAGCCACGUGGUGACCAGAGUGGACUACGUGUCGGCACCCAAAUCUCACCAGCACAAGUGUUCACUCUUCAGCAAAGAGAUUCCAGCCAUCACCUACAGAGGAGGAGGAACUUACACUAGAGGAGCAUUCCAACGUGCAGCGCAAAUUCUACGGAAUUCACGUCAAAACUCCACAAAAGUGAUUUUCCUGAUAACAGACGGUUACUCUAAUGGUGGUGACCCGCGACCCGUGGCUGCAGCACUGCGGAACAAUGGAGUGGAGAUAUUCACGCUGGGCAUCUGGCAGGGAAACAUCCGCGAGCUGCAUGAUAUGGCAUCAGCGCCUAAAGACCAGCACUGCUACCUCGUACAUAACUUCACUGAAUUUGAGGCUCUGGCUCGACGAGCUCUUCACGAAGACUUGCCCACAGGCAGUUAUAUUCAGGAGGACAUGUCCCACUGCUCGUCUCUGUGUGUGGAGGGAAAAGACUGUUGUGAUCUGAUGGCCAGCUGUAAGUGUGGCACACACACGGGUCAGUACGACUGCGUGUGUGAGAAAGGACAUUACGGCAAAGGCCUGCAGCAUGAGUGCACAGCAUGUCCACCAGGUACAUACAAGCCUGAGGCAGCGCCAGGUGGUAUAGGGACAUGUUUGCCAUGUCCUAAACCUCAGCACACCUCAAGGCCUGGCAGCACAGACAUCAGUGAUUGUGUGUGUAAAGACGGAUACACACUGCACAACAACACCUGCCAAGCUGUGAUGUGUGAGGCCCUCUCUCCUCCAGAGAAUGGUUUCUUCAUCCAGAACGUGUGUAAUAAUCAGUAUAACUCAGCAUGUGGUGUGCGCUGUAUGCCAGGCUAUGAGCUGCAGGGCAACAGUAUCAGACUGUGCCAGGCAGAUGGCACCUGGUCUGGAGCUCCACCCAUCUGCACAGUGCGUUCGUGCCCAGUGCUGUCUCCUCCUCAACAUGGUGCACUGAACUGCAGUGAGGGUGGCUCCCCCUACAGCCUGGAGUGUACAGUGCGCUGCCAGCAGGGCUACAGGCUUGAGGGCAGAGCCAAACUCACCUGCCUGUCAAACUCACAGUGGAGCGGACCUCCACCUCGGUGUGUGGAGGUGCGCUGCCCCCCUAUAAUAUCCCCCAAACACAUGCGCGUGUCUCCCCCUGCAUGUGGAGAAAGAGCCAUGCGGAGCGGAGCAACCUGCAGACUCACCUGCCGCCGUGGUUACCGUCUACAGGGCAAUGCAGAGGCGCGAUGUCUACUGUCUGGAGAGUGGAGCCAUAAUCUGCUUAAGUCCGCCUGUGCAGAUGCAGAGCCUCCAUGGAUUCAGUGCCCAGGAAAUGUUAUUGUAGACACCGAUGAGCAUCAGGGGUCAUCUAACGUCACCCUCAGUGCACCAGUGGUGGGAGAUAAUUCAGGAGAUCAGGUUAUUGUCCAUGUGACACCCAUCCUGAACCCAGCCCAGCCGUUCCCCAUUGGCACAGAGCUCAUCACCUACACGGCUACAGACCAUGCUGGGAACAAAGCCAACUGCUCCUUCACUGUCACAGUCAUCGAUAUGGAGCCUCCUUUGAUUGACAGGUGCCGGUCUCCGCCCACUGUCGAGGCCACAGACACAGAGACGCCGGUCUAUUGGGAAGAGCCACAGUUCUCAGACAAUUCAGGAGCCCACUUGAACAUCUCCAGCACACACUCCUCUGGUGAUGCAUUUCCAGUUGGAGAGACAACCGUGUUCUACACAGCCACCGACUCUUCAGGAAACAACCGUACCUGUGAGCUCAUUGUUACAGUGCAAGGUUCUGAGUGUGAGCAGCCGUAUGUGCCGGUGAAUGCUGAUUUCUCCUGCGUGAAGGAGGAGAGGGGUGUAAACUGCACCCUGAUUUGCAGAGAGGACUACAGCCUUACCCUGAAUGCAGUGCACAGCUACUUUUGCCCCAAUAACGGCCGCUGGGAGCCACCACGCUCACCAGAAAGACCAGACUGCUCCUUGAACAGAGUUGCCAACAAUGGCUUCAAGCCAUUUGAAAUGCUAUUCAAAGCAUCCCGCUGUGAUGACCCAGACCUGCUGAAGUCCUUCACUGGCGAUUUCACCACAAUUCUUGGAGGCUUAGUUCCCAAUAUCUGCAGUGGAGAUGAUAUCAACUGUAAACUGGAAGUGAUGUCACAGGGACAGUGUCUGGAAUACAACUAUGACUAUCCCAAUGGAUUCGCCAUUGGUCCGGGUGGAUGGGGCAGUAACUGGGCCUCUCAAAAUGGUCAGGAUUAUGCUUACUUUGAUGGUGGAUUUUCUCCAGAUCGUCAGCACACCCCUCUACAACAGGAUGAUGCUUUCCAGCACUCAAGAUCCAAACGGCAUCGCAAAAUUUCUCGGCCUACUCGCGACCAGAAGAUCCAGAUAUACUUUAACAUCACAGCAAGCAUCCCACUGCCUCUGUCGAGGAAUGACUCAGUGGAAGUAGCCAAUCAGAAACGGCUCCUACGUACCCUGGAGCAGCUGACCAAUCGGCUGAAGCGGACACUGAGCAAGCAGCAUCUGAGCACCUUCCAUGUGUCUUCGGAAAUGAUUGUGGCCGACCCCAAAUCACUGGAGAGCAAGAGGGCCACGCUGUACUGCCGCCCAGGCUCUGUGCUCAAAGGCCGCAUGUGUGUGCAGUGUCCAGUGGGAACGUAUUUCUCAGUGGAGUAUGCUGAGUGUGAGAGCUGUUGGAGAGGCUCCUAUCAGGACGAAGAGGGUCAGACGGAGUGUAAGCCAUGUCCAGAUGGAUAUUCCACCCCUUACCUCCACUCCCGCAGUGUGGCUGAGUGCAAAGCACAGUGUAAGCCUGGCAGCUCGUCACUGAGUGGGUUGGAGACAUGUGAGUCCUGUCCACUGGGGGAGUAUCAGCCUGGCUAUGGCUCACGGUCCUGCCUGCACUGCCCCCCCAACACCUCCACUGUCAACCGAGGAGCUGUGGACUCCACUGAGUGCGGAGUACCAUGCUCUGCAGGUCACUUCUCUCGUGCUGGACUGGUCCCAUGUUAUCCCUGUCCCAGAGACUACUACCAACCUGAAGAGGGUCGCUCCUAUUGCCUCUCAUGCCCCUUCUAUGGCACCACCACUGUCACUGGAGCGAAGAGCAUCCAACAGUGCUCCAGUUUUGGCUCUAGUUUCUUGCCUAAAGAGGAAAGUGUAACCACAGCUCCAGAGGUUGUGGUGAGGAAAGACUAUCAGGCUAGCAGUCAGAUGUUCCACGAGUGCUUUCUAAACCCAUGUCAGAAUCAGGGCACAUGUGAAGAGGUGGGGGUUGGAUAUGUGUGCACCUGUCUGCCAGGAUUCACAGGAGCAAAGUGUGAGAGUGAUAUUGAUGAGUGUGACUCUGCUCCGUGUCAGAACGGUGGCCUGUGUAGAGAUGGCAUAGGAGGCUUCCAGUGUCAGUGCCAGCCAGGCUUUGUGGGGUUGCUGUGUGAGGCUGAGGUGAAUGAAUGCAGCUCCUCUCCGUGUCUGAAUGACGGAGUGUGUGUGGAUGAGGUGAAUCAGUUCACCUGCAGCUGCACAGAUGGAUUCACAGGUCCGCGAUGUGAGCUGGAGAUAGAUGAGUGCGAGUCCAGUCCCUGCCAAAAUGGAGGGGUGUGCAAGGACCUGGAGGCUGGCUACUCCUGCUCCUGCAGUCAAGGCUUCACUGGAGGCAGCUGUGAAGUUAACUUGGAUGAGUGCUUCAGCACUCCCUGUCUAAAUGGAGGAACAUGUGUGGAUGGUGUCAAUGACUUCAGGUGUGAGUGUGUGAAAGGGUACCAGGGGAAGCUGUGCCAGGUGGACGAGGAUGAAUGUCAGCCAAACCCAUGUGUUAAUGGUGCCACAUGUGAGGAUGGAGUGGGAAGCUACACCUGCCGCUGCCCUCCUGGGUUCAACGGAACCAGGUGUGAGACAGAGAUGUCCUCCUCCUUUGACCUGGAAUUUGAGGUGUCUGGUAUCCAUGGCUACGUGAUGAUGGACGGACUCAUGCCGGCGCUCACGCAGAUCACAUGCACAUUCUGGAUGAAAUCAUCAGACACCUUUAACUAUGGAACACCCAUUUCUUAUGCUGUGGAGGGAGGCAGCGAUAAUGCUUUUCUGCUCAUAGACUAUAAUGGCUGGGUGCUGUAUGUGAAUGGGAGAGAACGGAUCACAGACUGUCCAGCAGUGAAUGAUGGCCGGUGGCACCACAUCGGGGUGACUUGGAGGAGUAGAGAUGGAGACUGGAGGGUUUAUAUAGAUGGAAGCCCUUCAGAUGGAGGAAAGGGCCUUUCUAUUGGCAACAAAAUACCAGGAGGUGGUGCGCUGGUACUGGGACAGGAUCAGGACCAGAGGGGUGAAGGCUUCAACCCUGUGGAGUCUUUUGUUGGCUCCCUCAGCCAACUUAAUAUAUGGGAUUAUGUCCUCUCCCCACAGCAGAUCAGGUCUCUGGCCAGCAGUUGUCCAAGUGACCUACAGAGAGGGAACGUUUUUGCUUGGCCUGACUUCUUGCUUGGGGUCACAGGCAGAGUCAAAACCAGCCCUCAGAGCGAGUUCUGUGCAGACUGCCCCCUGCUGCAAGAUGCUGUCCCAAACCUGCUAUCCUCCAGUUCAGCAGUGAGCCCUGGCUCUCAAGUGAAAUUCUCCUGCAAUCCUGGGUACUACCUGGUGGGGGAGCCAGUGCAGCGGUGCCUGAACAGAGGCACCUGGAGCCAUGCACAGCCACAGUGUGAACGUGUGAACUGUGGUGCUCCUCCUCCUCUGGAGCAUGGUCAGUAUCAUGGAGAGGAUUUCUAUGCUGGGAGCUCAGUGGAAUACCAGUGCAAGCCUGGCUUCUACCUGCUGGGGGAGAGCAAGAUGCAGUGUACUAACAGUGGCAUGUGGGCUAGCAACCCACCUGCAUGCCUGGAUGUGGACGAGUGUGCCUUGGGUUCGGAUUGUGAUGAUCAUGCCAGCUGCCAGAACACAGAUGGCUCUCAUAUCUGUACUUGUAUCUACCCCUACACUGGAGAUGGAAGGAACUGCACAGAGCCUGUGAAGUGUAAAGACCCAGGUCAUCCUGACUUUGGCCAUCGUGAUGGUAACGUCUUCAUUGUGGGCAGUGAGGUGGUCUUUGCUUGCGAGGAUGGUUAUGAGCUGGUUGGCUCAUCCCGUUUGUCAUGUUCUGAGACAGGCACAUGGGAGGGAACAUUCCCUUAUUGUACAGCUCUGUCAUGUAGUCCACCCACUGUCCCAGCGCAUGGAAUCAUGAAGGGGACAAACUUCACAUACAGAAGCAAGGUGACUUUCAGCUGUGACAACGGUUACAUCCUUGAUGGGCCAACAGAGAUCCUGUGUCAGUCUAACUUAAAGUGGAAUAGUGCACCACCUAGUUGUCAACCUGUGAUGUGCAGCGAGCCCCCUACUGUGGAAUUUGCCGAGUUCACCUUCAACAGCAAAGUUUACCUGUCCACUUUGUCAUACACCUGUAUGGAGGGAUAUAGAUUACAGGGCUCAGGGGAGCUGCGGUGUGAGGCAUCAGGAGAAUGGACAUCCCCUGUCCCUGUCUGUGCCAGGGUGGACUGUGGAGAACCACCUCCUUUAAAGGAUGCAGUAAUCAAGGGAGACAACUUCACUCUGGGCAGUCAUGUCCAAUAUAUCUGCAAACAGGGAUUCACAUUACUUGGUGCUGAAACUCGGGAGUGCCUGCCAAGUGGAGAAUGGAGCCAUAUCUCUGCUCAGUGUGUGCCUCGCCAGUGUGGAUCACCGCCGCAUGUCGAUCAUGCGCUCUCUGAUGCCGGACACCAACUGUUUGGUGACACUGCUAUCUACUUUUGUGACGAUGGAUACACCAUUGGCAACAACACCAAGCUGUUCUGCAAUGCAGAGGGUGUCUGGGCACCCCCUGAGGGCUUUAGUAUGCCACACUGCACUGCCAAUUUCUGCCAACGCCCACCAGAUCUACCUCAUGCCAUUCUGGACUCCAUCAACAAGCCCAAAUAUGUUAGUAACACAGAGGUCAGCUACAAAUGUGAAGAAGGCUUUGUGCUCAAUACCACAGCAACUCUGAAAUGCUUAAUGGGAGGAGAGUGGUCACCUUCUCCCUUGGAUAUUGGGUGUGUACCAGUCAGAUGCUCCAAGCCGGAGAGUAUUGAUAGGGGUUACAUCAGUGGAACCAACUAUAGUUUUGGAGCUGUGGUUGCAUAUAGCUGUGAUAAGGGCUACUACAUCAGAGGAGAGAAAAGGAGGACUUGCAAGGCUAAUGGAGAGUGGGGUGGGGUUUUACCAACUUGCCAGCCCAUAGCUUGCUCUAGUCCACCUCGCUUGGCUAAUGGCUACAUCCAGGAGCCCUCGAGGAAAGCAAGCUAUGUGUACAGCUCUAAGGUGACAUAUGCUUGCAAUGCUGGUUAUCGCCUGGUUGGGAAACCUGAGCGUAUGUGCAUGGCCAACAAGCAGUGGUCCAGCACUGAUCCCCCAGUGUGUGUGCUUUUGAUCUGUCCUACACCUCCUGAAGUCAAACAUGGACACUAUCGUGGCUCCAGAUUUGAGGUGGGAAGUAAGGUGGAAUAUAUCUGUGAUGAGGGUUAUGACCUCACUGGUGAUGCAGUCUGGACUUGUUUGAAGUAUGGCAAGUGGGACAAAAGCAAAACUCCACACUGUUCUCCAGUUAAGUGUCCAGAGCCACCUUUGGAGGAGAACCAUCUAAUACUGCGAAGCUUUGAUUCCGAUUCAGGUACUGUAGAGCUUUCCUGUGAGGAUGGCUAUGUGCUGCAUGGGGCAAGGACUCUUCGAUGUACCCAAUCCCAAGAAUGGAACACUUCCUUCCCAGUCUGCAAGCAAGUAUCUUGUGGUCCACCACCAGAAGUUUCCUUUGGUGAUCCAUCACCAGCAUCUUCCUAUUUUGGCGGUGUGGUUUCCUACUCCUGCAUGGCUGGAUUUACCCUUCGGAAGGAAGCGUCUAUUAGUUGCCAGGCAGAUGGAAGUUGGAGUACCCCUUAUCCAGAAUGUAUUCCUGUAGAGUGCCCACAUCCUGAGGAAAUACCAAAUGGUAUAGUGGAUGUACAGGGCCUCAUGUAUCUUAGUACUGCCCUAUACAGUUGCAAGCCUGGUUAUGACCUAGUGGGCAACUCAACAGUGUUGUGUGGUCAGAAUGGCCUUUGGAUAGGGGGAGUGCCUGCUUGCCACCCCAUUGAAUGUCCUCCCCCUAAGGAUAUUCCCAAUGGCUCUGCUAAGUACUCACGAUACCAGUUUAGCAGGUCUGUUACUUACUCCUGUCAGCGUGGAUACCGUCUAGAAGGUCCAGAGACUCUUACCUGCCUGGAGAGUGGUAAAUGGGACAUGGAGGUUCCAUCCUGCAAACAAGUCUACUGCUCACCUCCUAAACCCAUUGAAAAUGGCUUUGUUGAAGGCAGAGACCAUAAGUUUGGUGUUACCAUCUUUUACAGCUGCUUUCCAGGCUUCUUGCUUGUGGGACAGAACCACCUUACUUGUGAGGAACAUGGUUGGUCAAGUUCAGUGCCUACCUGCAUUCCAGCAGACUGUGGCCUUCCUCCACACAUUGACUUUGGAGAUUACUUUAAAAUUCAAGACCAGUAUGCUGAGUUGUCUAGAGGAGACAGCAAACCAACAGGCCAACCUUCACCAGCAGACACCAGCUUUUUGCAUGGAACCAUGGUUCAGUAUCGCUGCCACGCAGGGUAUGAUGUGAAUGGUGGAGUUGCAUUAGUAUGCCAAGAGGAUGGGACAUGGAAUGGAACUGCUCCUGUUUGUGUACCUGCUGAAUGUGAAACACCACCUCAGCCUGAGCAUGGAUCAGCAAUAGUAACAGACACUGCACUGGGCAGCUUAGUGGAAUACAGCUGUGAAGAUGGGUAUGAGCUGGAUGGUCAAACAGUGCGACAGUGCAUCUCAGGAGGCCAGUGGAGUGAUGAAGCACCACACUGCAUUCCUGUCAACUGUGGUGACCCAGGAGGUAUUGCAGAUGGUGAAGUAGUGGGAAGCUCUUUCCAUUUCAAGGGAGUGAUACAUUAUGAGUGCCAUGAUGGAUUUAUCCUACAAGGUUUAGAAACUAGGACUUGCCAGAUGGAUGGUAAAUGGGAUGGCAAAGCACCAUGCUGUAGGCCUGUGUCUUGUGGGCGUCCUGUGGUCUCAAGUUAUGUGCUAGUGAAUGGAGACAGUUAUACCUUUGGCAAGCGCCUGCUCUUCAGCUGCAACCCUGGGUUCAUCCUUCACGGGGCAACUACUAGUGUUUGCCUAGCCAAUGGCACUUGGAGUGAGAGUACUCCUGUGUGCCUCCCAGCUGACUGUGGUCAACCCCCUAUCAUUAAGAAUGGACGUUUUAGAGGAACAAAUUAUGGUUAUAACGGCAAAGUAAAUUAUGAGUGUGAUGUGGGCUAUAUCUUGACAGGAAAUCCCACACUUGUCUGCAGAGGUGAUGGACUGUGGGAUGAUCCUCCACCACGAUGUGACAUAGUCACAUGUGACCCACCUGAAGACAUCAGUCAUGGCUUCCUGAAUGGCUCAAGCUUUAAUUUUGAAGAUGUAGUAGAGUAUGUGUGUUUUCUUGGCUAUGAAAUUGUCGGCAGUCCAAUUUUACGUUGUGCAGCAGAGGGAAGUUGGCUUGGAGAGGUGCCUGAAUGCAGACCAUGUAUGUGCAAUCCACCAGUGCUGAAGUUUGGUGCUGUGCUUGGCCGAGAUCACACCUGUGGUGCUAGUGUUUGGUUCCGGUGUGAUGAUGGCUAUAAAAUCCUUGGACCCACAGAGGCCGUGUGUGACAAGGGUGGAAUGUGGAGUCCAGGGGUACCCAUCUGUAGCAGGAGCAGAUGUUCCACACCUCCUCCAGCUCUACCAAAUGCUGUUGUAAUAGGUAGCCCUGCUACACUCGAUACAGUCACCUAUGGAUGCAGGCCAGGAUACUUUUUGCGAGGACACCCAAAUCUCUCCUGUGGAAGAUUGGGUAGGUGGGGAAUACCUAACCUACACUGUGAUCCUGUGUCCUGUGGAGAGCCCCCUCCUGUUCCAAAUGGAAUGAUUGUAGGGUCUGCUUUUACUUAUGGCAGCAAGGCUCAAUACAGGUGUACAGAGGGGUAUGAAAUGGUUACAAAAACAGACUCAGUCAACUGUCAGAGCGAUGGUACUUGGUCUAAACAUAGUGUGAGGUGUCGGCCAGUACCAUGCAGUCUUCCCACCAACCUGACCAAUAUCGUGGUGGUAGGGGCACGACUCACACCAGUAGGAGGCACUGUAACAAUCUCCUGCAAGCCUGGGUUUUAUCUUGAGGGCCCUGGACUAUCUGAAUGUGGGCUUUUUGGCAGAUGGUCUCCAUCUUUCUCUUCCAAUUCAUGUGUUCCUGUCAUCUGUGAGAAGCCUCUUCCCCUUCUCCAUGGUAACAUUGAAGGCAAAAGUUACAAUUAUGGGGACAUGGUUAUGUACACAUGUUUGCCAGGAUUUGAACUGCAGGGUGAUAAUGUUCAGAUCUGUCAGAGAGACAAAACUUGGAGUGGGGCUCAACCUCUGUGUGUUGCGAUUUCAUGUAGUUCUCCACCAUUUGUGGAGAACGCUGUUUUAGUGGCAACCGGUGAGUCAUACGAGAGUAAUGUUACAUAUUUCUGUAACUCGGGGUUGGAGCUGAUUGGCUCACAGAGCCUCACCUGUCAGGCGGAUGGAACAUGGAGUUUACCUGCACCAACCUGCAAAGUUCCUGAAGGCUGUGCAAGGCCUGACAGGAUAUUAAAUGGGAAGUUGCAGGAACACAGCCUGGCCAGUGGGAAGGCACUAGAGUUUUUCUGCGAUAAGGGCUACACUUUGCAGGGGGAGUCCCUUGUUGCUUGCAUGGGAAAUGGUUCCUGGAGCUCGCCUUUUCCUAUCUGUACACCUAAGACAUGCCCACCUCCACCUGGUUGGACAGGGAACACCACAGUAUUCCUGGUGGGUCAGACCUUAUCAUUUAGAUGUCCCAAAGGUCAACAGGUCAAAGGUCAAAAGGGCAAAAAGCUUGCCACCAUAACCUGCAGAAGUGACCGAACUUGGAGUCCAGUCAGCGCAGUUUGUGAGAGGGUGUCCUGCGGCCCCCCACUUCACAUGGCUAAUGGAGUGGUCCGUGGGGCUGUGUUCCAGUUUGGCGAUGUGGCGGUGUACUCGUGCUUCGCGGGCUACGUCAUGGACGGCAUAAGCCGGAGUGUGUGCUUGGAGAAUGGCACAUGGACUCCGUCCCCUGCCUGUAGAGCUAUAUGUUGGCUACAGUGUCAGAAUGGAGGUGUGUGUCAGAGACCAAAUAUAUGCUCUUGCCCAGAGGGCUGGAUGGGUCGCCUCUGUGAGGAACCGAUCUGCAUCCUGCCAUGUCUAAAUGGAGGACGCUGUGUGGCUCCAUACCAGUGUGAGUGUCCAGCAGGUUGGACUGGCACACGGUGCCACAGUGCGGUGUGUUCUACGCCCUGUCUGAAUGGAGGCAGGUGUAUCAGGCCCAACAGGUGUCACUGCAGUCAAGGCUGGGGCGGCCAUGAUUGCACCAGGAAAAGAAAAGCAGGAUAUUUUCAAUUUUAAUAUGGCAGUCAACGCAGAGGAAGCUGAAGCAUCAGCGCACCAUGGUGGAUGUAGGAGUCUUCUGUUCGGGCCUGUAAACAGUACUUUCCCCCCUCCAAAAAUUUCAAAUAAGUGUUUUGUAAAUUAAAGCUGUAUUUUUUCACAUAGAAAAUAAAACAGUUAAGUAUAUGCUGCUGCUAUAUACAUGAUCUUGUACGAUGUGUAAAAACUUAUGAUUGUCCAGUGUAUAUGUGUAUAAACUAUUCUUUUCACAUUUUUAUUAAAGCAGAAAAUACAACUCUAAGGAAACCACAUGUGCUACUCUGUGCCACAACUUAGAUUACAGUUGCUUUUCUUUUUGUCCAUAUUACAACUCUCAUAAUAGCUCAUUCAAACUGCACAGGAUUAUUCAUCACCAUUUCAUUUUAUUUAUUGAGUCUGUUAUAUAAAAAGGUCAACAUAAAUACAUGAUUUGCCAUUUGUGGUAACCAUUAAUGUUUUUCUUUUUUAAAAAAAAACAAUGACAGUAUGUCAGUAAGUGAAGACCUUUGUAUGAGG